GCUUUUACCCUUCGAGGAAUUAUCUUGGCCGUGAAUCGGCCAGUCUUCGACGAACAUCCUGAGUUCGACCGUGACAUCGACAGAGAUAUAAAUUCUCUCGCGAGUGAUCCUCGUGAUCGGGCUUGUGAUCGGACAACGAUCAGCAGUGUUAAAGCAUCAACCAGACGUUAACGCAGCAAACCUAUCGAGACAUCUAUCGAACGAAAUUCUUCAACGGAAAAGCUCCCGAAGGUUAUCCCUUAACGACUGAGGAUCGACGUAGGGAAUUGGAAAGGAAUUAGGAGAAGCGCGUGACCGAGUUUUCAGGAACGAGCGCAAAAUUCCUUAGGAAGUUCCGAGAUCGGAUACGUGUUCGUCUCGUGUCUCACGUCGAAAAUUAAAGGAAACGGAGGCACGAUCGUAUACGUUCUUUAAAAACGUGAUAUGGUAUAAAAAGAUUAUUUCUCUCUCUUUCUCUUUCUCUCUCUCUCUCUUUUUUUAUUAAAAUUCAAAAUGCUACGAUAUCGUAAAUAUAGCUGGUAACGAAAGUUCUAAGAAAAUCGAAAUGUUAAUUCGCAAAAAUCACAUUUCAUGAUAAAAAAAUGUUUUAAACGAUUAAAAAAUUAAAAUCAUUCUUGAAAAAAUUGCAAUUGUAAUGAGAAAAAUUUCUCGAUCUUUUUCUUUUUCUUUUUUUUUUUUGUUUGGACACUAAAACGUUCCAAGCAAAAUUAGCACGAAUCGGGAAUAAUUUCAAGGACGGUUCGGUACCGUUCGGCAGACCUCGAAUCACGAGGUUCGAAGAGGACGACCGAGAAAAUUCCGUUCGCGUUUGAGCUCCAUAAAAAGAUUUUUGUUUAAUCGAGCGACGAAGCGAGUGGAGCGUGCGUGCGUUUCCUUGGCUCAAUAAUCGAGAUGGAUAGAGGAGAGGAAAGAUGGAUGGAUGGAUGGAUAGAUGGAUAAAGAAGGCACAUAUGAUACGAAUUUUCUCAAAUUUUUACUUUCGUUUAAGGAUUUAUGAGAAAAUGAUAUUGGUGUGUAAAAACAAAAAUGUGAUAGGAUAUUCAACAAUAUGAUCGAAGGAUCUAGGAAGUAACACGUGCUAGAAAAAGAUAACUCGGUGUAACCUGUGAGGAGAUAAAGAAAAAGAGAGAGGGAGAAAGAAAGAAAGAAAGAAAGAGAGGGAGGAAGGGAGAGAUAAAAAAGAGAAAGAGAUAGACAAAUAGAGUAUAGAAGGGAUGAUGAGAGUGGUGGGAAAAGGGGAGAGUGGGGAUCGGAAGGAAGGAUGCUCGGAGCCAGUUAUGGUGGCGAACGAAGCCGAAUGGUGGUGGUGGGGUCGAAAGGUGGCGCAGUCAUUUAUGGUCGCACCGUGUAAGCUCGCACACCUGCGAUCAGAUGUCGGAAGGAGUAACGAAAGAACGUCGACAUCGUGCUGCCGCUGAACACGUUUGGAUUUAAACAAGAUUCAAAACGAAGAUAAGAAUCUUCGGACGUUCACCAUUAAAGAAGAUGAAGGAAAUAAAAGAUAUUGUGCAAUUAAUGAAAUAUUAAUUACUCGAUGAUAAAUACAUUAGAAGAUGUUUUUUUAUCUUGGAGAAGAAUAGAAUAUACGAUGAAAAAAGAUCAGAGAUGUACGAGGACAAGGAUGUAGGAUUUGGAUAAAACAAAAAAGAGAAUAAAAUAAAAUAGAAUAGAAUAGAAUAAAAGAAAAUAGAAUAAAAUAAAAUAAAAUAAAAUAAAAAUCGAGUGAAAUUGAAGAUUUACAAGGGUUCAUUAUUUAUGUUGUUGUUAAAAAUAUGUCGUGAAGAAAGGAAUAUACAAGAUGAGUUCUUUGAGAAGAACGACAAAUCAGUCGACCAGAGAGGGAGCUACCUCGAGACGGCACGCUAUAUCGGGGGUUAGCACCAAGAGCGUGAGGAAUCUUCUUCACAGUGGUACCGCACCUGGCUCGCCUCUUCGUUUGAGAUCCAAGUAUGAGCUUAGGAGCAUCAGCUUCGAGGGUAGCAAAGUCUUACCAUGGACCACCAGAUCCACGACGGAUGCGAUAUCGAGGAGAGGUGUCCUAUCGAGGCGAUGCUAUGGAAGUGUCGAGAUGUUGCCACAAAUCGAGCAGGACGGCUCCGACAAUGGGAGAAGAUUUCGAGUGGAGAACGGAGAUUCUCCGGGCGAAAAAGAGGAAAUGUUCGGAUCUCCGAAUAUACCGAUAUUGGAAAAUCCCGAGUACCAAACGCGCUGGUACUUUAAAUACUUUCUAGGAAAGCUGCAUCAAAAUUACGUGGCCUCGGAUCAUGAAAGGAAUCCACUCUUUCUCUCGGUGGUGAUGAGCGAGGGUGGCGAUCAAUGCGUAUCGCAUUACAGGGUUAUUUUAUGGAGACGAACGGGAGCUCAAAAGAUAUCUCUGCCAUUUUCGGCAAACAAGACGAUGACUAUCAGGCAAAUCCUGAGCAACUUCUUCGGCCUGGAAAAACUCGACAAGGCACCACGCGAAGUUUUGUCUCCUGAGAUACAAAAGGACUUACUAUUACUGGAAGAACAAGAAGGAUCCGUCAACUUCAAGUUCGGUGUUAUAUACGCGAAGGAGGGUCAGACAACCGACGACGAGAUGUUAUCGAACGAAAGUGGCAGCCCCGGUUUCGAAAAGUUCCUCGACAUUCUCGGUGAGAAGAUACGACUCAGAGGUUGGGACAAGUACCGAGGCGGCCUGGAUGUUAAAGGUGACAUGACCGGAAGAGAAAGCGUUUAUACGAUAUAUGCUGGUCACGAAGUGAUGUACCACGUCAGCACAAUGCUUCCUUACUCGAAGGAUAAUCCGCAGCAGCUCGAGAGAAAGAGGCAUAUUGGUAAUGACAUCGUCAACAUCAUUUAUACAGAUGAUCCAGCAGCUGUGGAUAGUUUCAAUCCUAAUUGCAUAAGGAGUCAAUUCACUCACGUGUUUGCUGUGGUAUCGGCAUUAGGACUCCUUAAAGGUUGGCGAGUCGCCAUUUAUUGCGACGAAACGGUUCCUCUUUUUGGUCCAAGUCUUCCGUGUCCACCAAUAUUCGACGAUCCUUAUCACUUGCGUGAAUUCCUUCUAGUCAAACUGAUCAAUGGCGAAAAAGCAACCUUCAAUACGCCAACCUUUUCUAGAAAAAGAGAGAGAACUCUGGAUGCUCUCUUGCGUGACAUGUAUCAGGAACAUGCGCAAGAUGGCAAGAGCAACGUGAGUCUUCAGCGUGAUCUUCUGUUAAAUAGUAUGUUGAAUCGUCGUGCGUUUUCUGACGUUGUGGAAGCACCUGGUCGACGACGAGAAGAAACUCGAACGGUAGAAAUGGUCCGUGUUGGUCAGGCCGUUAAAUUGGAAGCAAUAGUUCGCGGUCUAGCACCAACUUCUCUGGCCACGGUCGGUCCAUUGAAACCAAGACCUUGGGAACCGAGAUGUAUUUACCCAGAUUUCCCGCACGUCGUAAUUUGCGGUGACGUUUGGUCGGAGAAUAGGAUGAUACUUGCAACGGAAAAUGGAACCUUUCUGGUCGAAGAGGGUUUCUCUCACAGAAUGAUUUUCGACGAGUCAGUUCAGAUCAAACAACUCGACGUGGUAGAACAACACGGUAUUCUUCUCUUUCGUGGAAUCGAUAAAGGCAAAGAAAGCGUUUACGUUUUUCGUUUACGUGAAUUCGAUUACGAUUCGGCGUUGAGUGCAAAGACGUACAAAUUCCCCGAAUUCUUUAACAAUCGCGACGACGAAGACGAGGGAGACGAGCACGACGAAGAAACGGAAGAGAACGGUGAGAACGAGGAAGAUAACAGAGACGGCGAGAUCGAGGAAGAGGAUUCCGAAGCGAUUUAUCCAGAAAAUUUCAAAUUCAAAUCGUCUUUACGUUCUCGAGCACGGAGACACCCCCGACCACCCGCGGUUAGAAGUCGAGCGCAUAUUAAGGAUAGAAAAUUGGCUCGUACUCGUGGUUGUCAUCUCUACAGUAUCACCAGGCAAGGUGGCUCGCACUUGCGAAUGUGUGCGGCUGUUGGACGACGUUUGACGGUCCUCCAAUGGAAACAUAACGCAGCCUGGACAGCUUGGUGCUCUUCCGCAGACACCGACACGAUCGAAGGUUUCUUGCUGCUCAAGGAAUUCACGGCUAGCGAAAGCCCAAUUCUUAUUACGAUGAUAGAGAGCACGGAGAUCGGGAACGAAUGGAUGCUGUGUUGCGGUGCACGUCAUCAUUACGAACUCUUCACGGCGUCCGGAAGUUCGCGAAUAGUUCACGUCGAAACGAACAAACCGCACAUCGUCGCAGCGAUCGAUCUGCGCGAGGACGAGGAACCAGAACUAUUGCUCUGUUACAACAAUAUGUGUCACUUCCAAAAGUGCUCGGAGGAGAGUACUGCUCCCACGGACUUUGAUUUCAAAUGGAAUUCAGUGCCAAUUGCUAUAGCUUGUGCUUUUCCUUACGUGAUAGCGUUUACCGCUGACACAAUGGAAAUUCGUUUGAUAAUAAAUGGAAAUCUUGUACAUACGAUCGCCAUGCCGAAUCUUUGUUUGAUAACUUCGAAAAGAGAUAUAUUUUUUGCUACGACCGCUCCGGAAUUUCUAUCCGGGAAAUGCGAACGUAUUCGACUUGACGCGAAACCUACCGAGAAAGAGGAACAAACAGGCAGUCCACCACCAACGACGCAAUCUUCCUCCUCGUCUCGAUCAAACUCGCAAAACAAUCAUAGCGAUUGGAAACCGAUAAGGAUCUACAGAAUACCAUUGCAAACUCUCUCGCGAAAUAUGACGUCGACUUGUAACCAAAGAAGAUGCCCGAGUCCAGUGGAACCAGAAAUCGUUUCUGCUCCGUUGACCGGCGGAGAAAAUAAUUUUUUGAGCGUGGAAUCACCAAGAAUCUUAAGCAGGUCUUGCAACAGCAGCCCGACGCCACCAAGUGCCGCUGAAGAUCUGAUUCCUACUGUGUGUAGAAAAUAGAAAGAAAAGAAGAGAGAGAGAGAGAUGGAGACAAAGAGACACGCUAACUUUCUCCUAAACUAAUUCAUAAUUGUGUUGCCAUUUUUUAUUGGAUUCGUACUCUAAAGUGCGGAUGGAUAGUAGGUACCUGACGCUCGUGCCUCCACAGGAUUAAGAUUUAACACAAGCAAGCGCACGAUCCUGUCGUUGCUACGCUUCGCGAUAUAAAGGCAUUUAGUACGUGUAUGAUCGAUCGUUACACACGAUCUCUACUUUCCUCCCUUUGUUUGUCGUCGGAAUUUUUGGAUCUAUCUAAAUUUAUAAAAGAAUUAACAAAAUAUUCGGCCUAGAAAUUUCCAUGUCAAUACUCGAUCGAUAAAUCAAGAUUUCGAGUGUCAUCUAGCGGUGAUUCUCUCGUACUAACUUUGCGAAUAAUUCUCUGACGAUACGAUAGACGACAUCGAUCAACCGAGUACGAAAACGAAUGAGAAUUUCAAAUUUGGGACGUCGAUAUUUUUGACGUACGAUCUAUCUGACGUGUACUCGAUGUCUUUCUUGCCUCCUUGAUACGUAUUCUACAUAGAUAGAUGCAUACCUUAUCUACUGUAUGACAGACAUGCAGGAGAAAAGGUCGGUAACAUUGUGGCUCACCGUAGAGGUUAAGGGUGAACGAAUGCCAAGAAUCGAAGUAUAUAAAAUAUGCAAAGGAACGAUUGUUUUACCGUAUCUUUCGAGAGCAUAAUAGCUUCAUUCAUUAAAAAUACAUUUUUCAUAAUUCUCGACGAGAGAUGAUACCAAAGCACAAUCUCGAUCUUGAUAAUACGCGGAUAUUGUAUAUGAAGAAUCUUUUUUCUCAAUUAUAUCUGAUUUUUUUUUUUUCUUUUUUCAUUUGUAAGUAUGCAUGCUUCUCCUUGUGAUCGCGUAUGUGUUAUAAAGAAAAUCGCGAGCGUAUUCACUUUCGUGGUCGUUUCGAUCGAAUCGAUGACACUGUACGCAGCGAGCAUGGUCGCGACAGUGGCGUAGAAUUGAAAACGAUUUCCGAAGUACUCCAUUGUUUUUUUUCUUUCUUUUGUUCUUCCGUUGUUGAAUAUUGUCGAGCCGAUGGCAAUUUUGUUUGCGAGCCAUUGUUGCAGUAGGUAGAUGAACGAGACGAAUACGAAGUGUACGGUCAUGAUUAUCGAUUAUUCACGGUAUAACCAGCUUGUUCUGGGGGCUGUGACGCAUUCGCGAUCGAAUUUCACCGAUCGUAGCACAACGCGCUACAUGCGUGAAGUUCUGCAGACGAUGUAAUUCUGCAUACUCUUCCUUCCUUCCUUCCUUCGGCGAGAGAAGACAGGCAGAAUAUAACGUGUGUAUAUACGAAAACAUAAAAUAAAGUGUACCUUAUCGUUGCAAUGUUUGCACCAAAACUUA